UAAUAAAUCUUUUGAUACGAUAAAGGGAUUGGAACAAGAUGCACAAAUGCAACAAGAGAAAUAUUCAGAGCUGCAAUGUGAACAUUUACAGUCAAAUCAAGUUAUGAAACAAAAAGAAAUAGUGAUUGAAGAUUUGAAAGCACAAAUUUAUAAUGCCAAAUUGAAGGUAGCAGAAGCGUGUCAUAUAACUGAGGCAGCACUAAUUGAAAAGGACGCAGCUUUGCACAGAGAAAAAACAACGCAAGAGGAAAUGACGAAAUUAACUACAACAUUAUCUGAGAUUGUACAGGAAUCCCAAAAUAAAAUCACAAAUGAAAUAAACGCUGUGAAAAAUACUUACAGCGAUAAAAUUUGUAAAUUAGAAACUCAUUUGAAAAAAACUAAAGAUGAUUUAGAAGCAAAGAAAUUGGAAUUGAGAAAGUUCAGGAAGAUGGAAGCCGAUUUACGAGUAAAAUUGAAACAAGCCAAUACCGUUGACAAAACGGCUACGAUUAUGAAACUUGAAGAAGCUUAUAGUAAAUUACAAAUAUCGGAAUGCAAAAAGCAACAAUUGUUGGAAGAAGUGGACAGUUUAAAAGUUACAAUUGAACAAGUAACGCGAAGUAAUGAAAUAAUAUUAAAUAAUAAAGAAAUGGAGAAACGAAUGCUGGAAGCUAAAAUACGAAACGUUCAAAAUGAAUUGGAAGUAAGUCACCUGAAAUUGGGACAAUUCGGUAUUAAAGUGGAAGAAUUGAAUGAAAAAGUUAAAAGUAUUGACGUUCAUAUGCACCAUGAAUAUGAAUUGAAGCAGUCACAAUCUGAUCGACUUCUAACUGAAAAACUUUCAGAAAUAGAAGCAAACAACGCGAAAACGAAUAAAGAACUGAUGGAGCAAUUGCAAAGCCAAAUCGAUCUGAAUCAUAAAUGGAAAAGAGAAGUGAAGGACGUAACCGAGAAAAUGGAAAAGAGAAUGGAAGAACUAAGGAAAGAGAUAUUGAAUGUAAAGAAAAGCAAACGGAAAUUGGAAGCGCAAUUAAGUGAAGCAGAGAAGAAAUGUAAUGAGUAUAAGGGUCAUUUAUUCAAGUUAUGUAAUGAAUUUAAUGAUAUUGCUGAAGAAGCAAAAUAG